AUGGACGCGGGCGUGAACGCGCGGCACCGCGACCAGUGCGUCGAGGAAGCGUCUUACGCCGGCGCGAAGGGCGCGGCUCUCGGGAUAUCCCUCUCCGCGCCGCUGGUCUACGCCGCGCAUCGACUCUCGCCGACGUUUCGCCGAUUCACCGCGAGCGCGAAGACGGGCCUCGUGGUGACGCCGUUCUUCGGGCUCUUCUUCCUCAACAGCGAGCUGACGAUGAACGCGUGCGCGCAGCGACGGAAUCAGUUCGCGGAGGUGAUCGCGCCGAAGUAG